UAUCUUUUUCCUCCACUCCCAUUCCCUAUAGGCCUAUAAAUUGCAGUCCAACACAUCCCACAGUUCUCACACAGAUACAUAUAGCAAGAGAAAUAGCUGAAGAGAGCGUGAGAGAAAUGGAGACUUUCCCGGUCAUUAACAUGGAGAACCUUAAUGGUGAAGAGAGAGCAUCAACAAUGGAGGUGAUAAAAGAUGCUUGUGAGAACUGGGGCUUUUUUGAGUUGGUGAAUCAUGGGAUAUCACAUGAGCUUAUGGACACAGUGGAGAGGCUGACAAAGGAGCAUUACAAGAAGUUUAUGGAGCAAAGGUUCAAAGAAAUGGUGGCAAGUAAAGGUCUCGAAGCAGUUCAGUCUGAAAUCGAUGACAUUGAUUGGGAAAGCACCUUCUACUUGCGCCAUCUUCCCGAUUCAAACAUCUCCGAAAUCCCUGAUCUUGAAGAAGAUUACAGGAAGGCAAUGAAGGAAUUUGCGAGUGAACUUGAAAAAUUAGCUGAACAGAUUCUGGACUUGUUUUGUGAGAAUUUAGGGCUAGAGAAAGGAUACCUGAAGAAGGCCUUCUAUGGUUCCAAGGGGCCUACCUUCGGCACUAAGGUCAGCAACUAUCCCCCGUGUCCCCAGCCAGAGCUGAUCAAAGGCCUCCGAGCCCAUACUGAUGCUGGGGGCCUUAUCCUACUCUUCCAAGAUGAUCAGGUCAGUGGACUCCAGCUCCUCAAGGAUGGCCAAUGGAUUGAUGUCCCACCAAUGCAACACUCAAUUGUAAUCAACUUAGGUGACCAACUUGAGGUAAUCACCAAUGGCAAAUACAAGAGCGUGAUCCACCGUGUGCUUGCUCAGACGGAUGGAAAUAGAAUGUCAAUAGCCUCAUUCUACAAUCCAGGCAGUGAUGCUGUCAUCUAUCCAGCACCGGCACUAGUGGAGAAAGAAGAGCAAAAACAAGUGUAUCCUAAAUUUGUGUUCGAGGACUACAUGAAGCUUUACUCUGCACUGAAGUUUCAGGCCAAAGAGCCUCGAUUUGAAGCCAUGAAGGCAGUGGAAAGUACCGUUAAUUUGGGUCCGAUUGCAUCCGUCUGAUUUCAUUGUUAACAGUAUGGUGUUUCUGUGUUUCUACAUAUUGCUUAGAAUACUGUCCUGAGUUGUGGUGUAGUGUUACUUUUUAGUGUCUUGAGGUGUGGAUUAGGUGUGCUUGGCUAGUAUGUGAUGUUUAAAUAAGCUCAAACCUUGGCUUUGGUGUUCAUGUUAAGGUUUUGUGGUGUUUGUAAGGUGUUCCUAGUGUACAAAGUGACCAAAACUUAUCUUUGAUAAAUCAUGUCUUAGUGGAGGUAUCUCCUCUUUAUCUUUCUUGUUCCACUUUGUAUUAGAUUUACCUCAAAAAUGAAUAUUUAAAUUAAUACUUAGAAGUCCA